GCAAAUGCAGAGACUCAGAGCAAGUCCUGGGGGUCCUUCUUCUCAUAUUCUCCCGAGUCAAAUCACCAACAAGUCAUUGCUACGGUCAUUAUACUAUGUCUUCUUCAACUGCUGGGAUAUAUCCAUGAUACGCUAGACGAUUGCUAUGGUCUCCAGCAGAAUCAGCAGUGCUCAGAUACCUACUAUCACUGCGAUCGACUAAGGAGACAGCGUUGAUUCCCUGCAUACAGCCAGCUCAAGUCCAGUCCAUUACUGACAUUAAUGCAUCAUUGAUUCCUUCGAGUAGACAAGGUGGAAGGCUUCGGAGACCUUCUGGUCCAUUUGCUUCCGGUUCCGUGAUAGCCAUCCAACGGCUGCAGGGAUCCUGCUGGUGACAAUUCAUGGGAAACGAUGCCCCUGAAGAAAAACACGCCUCAUCCAAUACUGGACCUGACGAUGGAUCAUGAUGCAGUGCCAAAGUCCGUUGAGAAUUAGCUCACGCUUCUUGCGAGAUUUCCCGCUCCGGAAGACUUAUUAAUAUUGAAUCAUGACGGACACCGCUCCCACUUCCUGUCACAUGCUUUUCCUAGUCCCCAACAAUUAUUACUGUCACGAUCCCACCCGUUUCUCGCAUGUUAAUCCCUCACAGCCAUGGAGUCUGGCAUCACAACAGGUGCCCAUCGUGGCACUGAUGGGCUCCGUGAGAGAAAUCACCCCUUCAAGUCCGACUCUACGGCCGUCUCUGGUGCUCUCGCUGCGGCAGGUGAGGUAGAACAGGUAGAAACAAUGGAUGCUGCAGGUCACAAGAAGACCUUUGGCAGAACUCCGGAUGGCACAGUCUUCCCUGUACCCCAAACCCAUGACAUGGUUUCCCAGCUUCUGUCACCCACGGAGCCGAAGAACCUGUCUGAUAUUAUCGUGCUCACCGUCCUUGGCCUUCAUAUCUUGCUGCUCUGGCAGCUCCCAGCCACAGCGAGAAUCCCAGUCUUUUCUUUCGUCUACCUCUUCUGGCGUACGUGUUACAAUGUCGGCAUUGGCUGGCUUCUACACAUCCAGUCUAAGCAUAAUACUUUGGUGAGAUGGGCACGGAAGACGAAAGUCUUUGUGAACCCGGCUACUGGAAAGAACCCUCACCCCAGGCUGUACAAGCUAAUUAAGCGGGAAUUGGAAACUAAAAUCCCGGCUGACUAUACAUUCGAAACGGCGCCCAUUGAAUACAAUACUUGGCUUGUCUUUAGGCGAAUUGUGGACCUGAUCCUCAUGUGCGACUUCGUCUCUUACUGUCUCUUUGCGAUAGCGUGUAGUCACCACCCCACCGGGGAAAGCGUGUUUAUGAGCAUCCUACGAUGGUCCUCCGGUAUUUCGCUGGUUCUGUUUAACCUCUGGGUCAAAUUAGACGCUCAUAGAGUGGUCAAGGACUACGCGUGGUAUUGGGGCGACUUCUUCUUCCUCAUUGACCAAACCCUGACGUUUGACGGUGUCUUUGAGAUGGCUCCUCAUCCGAUGUAUUCUGUCGGCUAUGCUGGAUAUUACGGUAUCUCUUUGAUGGCCGCGAGCUACAAGGUCUUGUUCAUCUCCAUCAUCGCCCACGCAGCACAAUUCGCUUUUCUGGUUUUUGUCGAGAAUCCACAUAUCGAGAAGACGUAUAAUCCUCCACCACCCCGCAAGCGAUCAAUAGCUCAGGAGCCCGUACCUGCACCGUCUCAAGACCAAGAGAUUCCGAACGCGCCAAAACCAAUCGAUGAGAACGUGCCCAACGCGCCAAUGUAUUCGGUCAAACCGCCACCAGCAGUGCACAACCUGCUUGGGUUACGCAACCUGGACUUGUACAGAUCGACAGACUCCUCAGUUAUCCUCGUCAUGUUUCUCGUAUUUGCCCUUACGGCAUUGACUCCGUCAACCCAUUGGUACCAAUUCAUUUUCGUACUUAAUGCUGCUGCGUGGAGAAUCUGGUAUUCAGUUGGCAUUGGGUACCUUUUAACUCGCCAGUCAAAAUCCAAAGCCUGGACUCGGCACUUUGUCAAGUUCGGCGAGGAUCCUCUAGAAGCAUGGAGGCAGUGGAAGGGUACCUAUCAUCUGAGUAUGGUCACCUCCUACGCGAGCUUCAUCGCUGCUGUAUGGAAGAUGUACACUUUACCUGCCGAUUGGGGCUAUGGCCUGGUUCUGCUCAGACAUGUCCUGGGAGCCAGUCUUGUUGGCCUGCAGAUAUGGACCUCUGUCAGCAUUUACGACUCUCUAGGGGAAUUCGGCUGGUUCUUUGGUGACUUCUUCUUCGACCAGCCACUCAAGUUGACCUACAAUGGUAUCUACCGCUACCUGAACAAUCCUGAACGUGUUCUUGGUCUGGCAGGUGUCUGGGGAGCCGUGCUGAUCACCAAUAGCGGUGCCAUCACCUUCCUUGCAUUGUUGAGCCACAUCCUAAGUCUGGCUUUCAUUCAGUUUGUCGAGCGUCCUCACAUGCAGAAGCUGUAUGGCUGCAGCCUAAGACAAGAUGCUGGCCUAGUUAAGAGCUUGAAGCGAUCUUUGCCUCUCCCGCUUAAGCAACUACAUGGGAGCGUUGACAAAAUGGUCGACGAGUCGAUUGAUUUCUUCGAAGAACUUCUUGAGACAGCGCGCCCGAAAUUCGCGGCAGGUGUGAAUACUUUCGUCAAGGACACUACUGAACUCUUCCAGAAGUAUCCUGCCCGUAUUACGAUUUCCCGGAUUGACGACGACCUGGCUGGCUAUGUCCUUGAGGACUAUUCCCUGGAGAUUCAAAGCGCUAGUUCGUCGUCAUCAGAGGAGAAUGGAGACUCAGCUAGUGGUCGGGAAGGGGCCAACGCUCGCAUGCCUCUUGAUAGGCGAGGCGAUUUAAAGAAUCUUGUAUUCGACUACGGAUCUCCGAUCAAGAUCAAGUGGACUGCUCCCCUCAACCAUCACAAAAAAGAUUGGAUAGGUAUCUAUAAGGUAACUGAUAACACGUCCCGAGAAGUCACGCUGGUCUCAUCCCAAGGCCGCUGGGUUGCAGUCAACGAAGGCUCCUACGACAAUACAACUUGCGAAAAGGGAAUUAUCACAAGCGAUAUCGUCAUCCCUGCCUCCCAGCGCAAGGACGGCGAACCCCGUGACUGUGCAUCUGGCGAGGUCAUCUUCUCAGGCGAUAAGCUCUUCUGGACGCAAGGAGUAUUCGAAUUCCGCUACCAUCACGGCGGCAAGCACAACGUCAUGGCUAUCUCGCGGCCAUUCGAGAUCCACAUUAGCCGGUUUGAUGAGAGUAAGCUCGUCUCUUCAGACGACUUUGGCUCCAUCCAGGUGUCCGUGGAGAAGGCCCUACUUCCCGUCGUGAGAAAUUGUUUCGAUCGAGAUCCGGAAAUUGCCCCUGAAGCUCCAGAGGAGCAUUUUGGUGGCCUUGUCGACCGGGAUGGUAAAUAUGCCAAGCGGGUUGUCUUUGCUAUCCACCAGAUGUAAGUCAUAUUAUAUAUAUAUACAGCUUCGGUGCAUUUGUUUCUUUUCAACACAGCGAUCAAAUCUCUUAUCACCUUUGCAGGUUCGGUAUUGAACUCGCCCCAGAAGUCGUCCAAGCAGACCAGAACAUUCGCAACCUCGCUUGGAGAAUCUGUAAUGCCAAGAGAGUCCUGGCUCCCUAUAGCAUGUCGCAAUCGGAUGGCAGAGUGACUCCAUUAGAGUAAUAAGGGGUUGAACCCGAGUCAAUCGAGUUUGAGUUCUUUCCAUUCAUGUUUGAAUGAUUUGAAUAUUGUUAUUAUUAUUAACAUGAAUGCUUUGGGGCGUUGGAAUGGGGACGAGAGGGAAGGGGAAACUGUACAAAAAAAAAGGCAAGAAAAAAAAAGAAAUGAAGAGAAUUGGCGAUGAUAUGUAAAAAGGCAGUCUUGGAGCUAUUAUUAUUGCUUGCCAGUAGAUGGAUGAGUUGACGGUUACACACACAAUUCAACGGUUGCGGCCCCAAAGAAUAAUAAAGCUGGGAUUUCCUAUGGCAGUUAUUUUCUGAUUCUUUCCAUAUCAUUAUAAAGCUCGGACUGUCUACAGUAUACAGAAAUAUGAUAAUUGGUUGAAACAAGAAUAACAUUUUAUUAAAUUCAGUGCACUAUGCAUGAACAGAUAGGCCUAAGUGUUGAGGAAUAAUUAGUCAGCAUACAAUGGAAUUUGAAGAUCAUCCACAACUCAACAACAACCAGUUUCCGAUGGCAUAACAGCAUUGCUAUGCAUUGGCAAAUGUUCAGCCAAGCCGGUUUACUCAUCCCAUCCCCUGCGGUCUUCUCGUCUUGAGCAGGCCGUCCAAAACGAACAACCUGCCCAUGGCGAGAAAUCCGCACAAGUCAAGCGUUACAAGAGAUCCUCAAAGAAGCACGGACAAGUGACGAAGAAACCCAUGAUCCAACACUCCACAACCAAUCAUCCCUUACACUUCACGCAUUCUCCCCAAAGGAAGAGCGGAAUGAAAAGUAUGGUAUAAGGGAGGCGGAUUCAUGGAACGCCUCAUGUACAAUCCCGUGGAUCAAUGCUAGCUCGAGGGGAGGUUUCCCAUGGAAGAGAUCGUUGAAUGGAUUGACUUGUUGUCAUCAUGUAAAAGGUAUAACUGGUUGGUGUUGCAUGUAGGCCUUUCAGGGAUUUCCUCACCUACUAGUAUAUUUCAACGGUAUCAUCUGGCAGGGAGAUAGGAAUCAAUAUAUUUAUACUUGAUUUUUCCUUAUCUAUUACUUUUUGAAAAGUUAGUUACUCUUCAAACCCAAGACUGAACAGAAUAUUCAAUUGCAAGUGCCAUGUAGGUCAGGAAGUUUUGGUAAGGUAUUUGGUUAUCUUCAAUGAGUUUGCAGAAGCAGAACUGAAAAAAAUGUUUCUCAUCACAGUAAUACGACUUGCACAGGAGCUGAAUGGAAGAAGAUAUUCAUACCUGCUUUGGCCCUUCCUGCCGGCAAUGUUACUCGAUUCAAGAUGCCUGUCUGAUAAUGCAUUGUCAGUACAGAAGGCAAGCAGAAGCAACGAUAUGAAGUAGAUCAUAUGAUAGAAUUGAUCAUCAGAUGGUAGUGCAUGUUGUUCAAUGGCCCAUUUGUUUGUCGCCAGAACUGAAAUUUUGGUUCGGUUUCCUCAUAUGAAUCCGGCAUGGAAGGGUGGUAUUAAGAGAUGGUUGUACUUACAAUAUGACAGUGUUAGUGAUGAUGAAUAUUGAAUGUAGAAAUGGAAACACUUUAUCUCUUCAUCAUAAGAAGAGGUGUCUUGUCCCAGGAGAGACCCGACAAGGAUGUUUUGUGGGAGGAAGAAACAGAAAAAGUGUAGCGGAAGAAGAAAAAGAAAAUUCGGUUGCCGCUAAGGAUAGACAAACAGUGCAAACAGGCGGUAUAGAUUUGUUCCCAUCUCGACUGGUUUCCCGUCCAUAAAGAAGAGUCGCUUCCAGAAC